AUGGGAUGGCCUAUGAAAAUUCUAAAAGCAAAAUCUUGCAAAAGUACGAUCACGAGCACCCCUAACAUUCCGAGUGGAUCCCAUCUUUCAAUAGAAAUUGGGGACACUUCUGUUCAGGAUCCCGUCCUGUCCUCAUCAGCUGGUAAAAAUCAAAAUGUGCAAGAUCAAGUUGAUAUGCCGUAUUUCUCUGUUAGUCCAGAAAGACUAGCAGAACUUGUCGAGAGCAAUGGCCUGAACUCUCCUGAUCAUCCUCGUCCGACAAUCCAAGAAAUCUCUGAAGCUUUGCGAACCAGCAUUGAUUCUGGUAUAACAGGAGACGAAAAAGAUCUUGAUUGCAGAAUCAAAACGUUUGGUUCAAACCAAGAAUCAGACAAGCAACCCCAACUUGGGACUAAAGGCUUAAACCGGCUAGUCUUGGAAGCUUUCAAAGACGGCACGAUUAUCCUCUUAGUGUGUUGCGCAAUUCUUUCUCUCGUGAUUGAUGUCAAGAGAUAUGGUCCAGAAAAAGCAUUCCUUGAUGGAGCAAUCGUUUGUCUUGCGAUGUUUGUUGCUGUCAACUUUGGCCAUAUCUUUAGAUUCUUACAGCAAAAACGUAUUCUCAAAAAAUCACAGAAGCACCAAAAAGGUGUUAAUGUUGUGCGCCGGGGAAAGAUGCAGGAAAUACCAGCUUCUCAAGUGGUGGUGGGUGAUGUAGUCUUGUUGGGGACUGGUGCUCAGGUCCCUGCUGACGGAUUAUUCAUUGAUGGAUCCUCAUUCAAGCUUGACGAUGGUUUGUUUGAAAGAGGGGCAAACUAUGCCAGCAUGUUUACGGGUGCAAAGGUGGUGGAAGGAAACUGCCGGAUGCUCGUGACAUCAGUUGGGAAAAACACAGAAAUAAGCAAGUUAAUUAAUAUGGUAUCAGUCGGCAAUCAAAGAAAGCUCAUGGAUUCCAAGCUGCAGGAUGGUAUUGACCGAUUGAACUCUCGUUUGGAGAAGUUAUGGUUGAGCCUCUCCUUAUUGAUUCUCAUGGUGCAGGUGCUUAGAUGUUUCGUGUGGAAAUGUGCGUGUGAUGAAAGUCAUAAUCCAGACCCCAAGGGCGUAAAGAACACGGUGGAAGAGAUAGUCGAUGAAUCAACAAAACUCUUGAAAAAGCAAGGUGGAAAAAUCAAUGGAUUGGUGAGUAUGCUCUGCAUUCUACUCUUUGCAACAAGAGAUGGCUUGCCCCUAGGGAUUUUCAUUUUGUUCUUCGUUGUAUCAAAGAAAAUGAAGUUUUUCAGUGCCAUGAUUCAAAAGCUUUCUACAUGUGCCACACUUGGCUUGGUAACAACAAUUUGUCUUACCAAGACCAGUGAUUUAACCAUGAAGCAUGCAGAAAUGGCCGAGGUGUGGAUUGGACUUAACCACAUCAAAGAUAUUUCUCAAGAAAUAAGUGGCCAAGUCCUCGGGAAAUUGCAGGAAGCUGUUUGCAUGAAUUCUUCCGGGGGUCAAAUCGAGGAUUCUCUCCUUUAUUGGGCUCAACAGGUGCUUGAUGCGGACGUGGAUGACAUGUACAGAAACAGUGAAAUCCUUCACAAUGGACCCGUUGAUCGUGAGAAGGAUCAAAACUUAUUGGUUCUGAAGAGGCUUGAAGAAAAACAGGAAAUCUUGGAUCUCCACUGGAGAGGACCUCCAGAUUGUAUACUGCCUCGGUGUUCUAAAUAUUACGAAGCAGAUGGAACCAUGCAGGCCCUAGACGAAGGAAAGAGAGCCAUGUUCGACAAGAUAGUUGAACAAAUUGCAUCUUCUAAUCUCCCGAGCUUUGCUUUUGCUUGGGAGAAACUGAUACCUGAGGAACCAGAAACUCCAAAACCGGAGAAGGAAGGGUAUCUUGAUGAUGAGAAAACCCUACAGGUUGAUCGUGGAUUGACCUUGAUUGGCCUCGUGUACUUGAAAAAUCCGUAUCCACCUGAGGUAAGGCAGGCAAUCAAAGCUUUGCGGGACUUGGGAGUGAAUACCAAGUUACUGGUGGAUGACAAUCCAAAGGCAGCAAGGAUCAUGGCCAUUCACUCUGGAAUCUUGAGGCGUGAAGAUGACAGCGAAUUAACUGUCAUUGAUGGCUCAGACUUUCGGAACAUUUCCGAGGAAGUUCGCAUGAACAUGAUCGAUAAAAUCCAAGUGAUUGCAAAUGCCUCCCCUGCCGAUAAACUCCUAAUGGUGCAGUGCCUGAAAAAGAAGGAUGAGGUGGUGGCAACCGUCGGUUCAUGUAUAAGAGACUUUCCAUCUCUUGUGAAUGCUGAUGUUGGAAUUUUCAUGGGAGAAAAAAAUGCAGAAAUAGCGAAAGACUAUGCGGAUAUUGUUGCAGGGCUGAGUAUUGCUACAGUUGGUAACAUCUUAAGGUUGGGAAGGUAUGCAUGUCAAAGUAUUGAAAAGUUUCUGGAAUUGCAUUUGACUCUAAAUAUUUCUGCCUUCACCACAAAUUUGAUAUUUGAAGCUUCCUCAAUUGAGGUGCAACUUUCUUCGAUUCAGCUCCUUUGGACAAACUUAAUCGUGGAAGCUCUCGGAGCAUUUGCUUUGGCGGUAUUGAUGGUAGAAAUGGAACCAUCAAAAAGCACUCAAAGUCAAGGGAAGGAUAGGAAGAGUCCACCACCGGUUUUCGGUGCCGGUCCAGUUAUAACCAAGACCAUGUGGAGGAAUAUAGUCAUCCGGUCUAUGUUUCAAGUCGCAAUCUUGAUGGUCCUAGGGAUGAAAGGGAAAGAUAUGCUUCACAUUGACGAAGAUGUGCUGGAAACCAUGAGCUUCAAUUCUUAUGUUAUGUGCCAAGUUUUUACAUUGAUUGCAGCCAUGAAGGUAACUAAGAAGACCAUUGGUAAUAUUUCGAGGGGGGAAUUCUCGAUUGAGAAUUUGUUGUUCCUUGCGGUUGCGGGGAUGAUGCUGGCUCUGCAGAUGCUUCUCAUUGUGAUCAUGGUUGCUGUUGCUCACUGGGGAAGCUUAAAUUUCAAAAGAUGGUGGAUCUGUAUUGGACUUGCAGCGUUAUGUUCUCCCUUAGCUUCUGCUGCAAGAAGGGGUUCUGAUUUGGUGUUACCAUGCAACUGA